CCCUGGCUUCUUUUCCCUGUCCCAACCCAUGUCCUCAUCCCCUUCUGAAAUGUACCUCCAUUCGGAAUAAAUGCACACUCGUCCAUGACCAUUUCCAUCUCUUGGUUCUCUCUCAAAGCCCGCUUCAAUCGCAUAUUCGAUGUCUUCGUAUGCGCGAUUCUGCAGCUCGCCGCUCUCUGCCAAGCGCCGCCGGCUGCGCAAUGAGCGGAUUUGGGCGUUCCUGGACGACCUCGCUUCUCUUCGCUAAGGUAUUUGUGGUCCUGUGCGGUGGUCGGGAUUCUCCAGGCAAGGCCCCUCGGCUCUGUACCGGUCACGCUGCGCCCGAGACACUGCUGCACUGUGCUGGUUGCUGUUAACUCGGUUUAGUAGAGCUGUAUCCAACCUGUAUUUUCGUCCCUGUUCACGCACGUGUCCAACUUGAACCCAAAGAAAGAAACCCGGUCUCAGUCCCAGAUCGUCACAAGAAACACCAUGUCUCUAUCUGCUUUCCCUCUCGCCCCAAAAGAUGCUUUGCUGGAAGCCUACUGCAACUGUAGCUUACGCGAGCUUCCUGUCCCGGCGGCAGUGAUAGAUGUUGCAAAGGUGAAGGCAAACUGCCAGGCGAUGCUCAAUGCCGUACACGAACUUGGGUGCAGCUUCCGCGCUCAUGUCAAGACUCACAAAACGGCAGAAAUCACCAAACUCCAGGUUGGUGCAGAAUGCAAGGAUGUCAGGCUUGUGGUGUCAACCGUGAUGGAAGCAGAACAGCUAGUUCCGCUCCUGACAGAGUACAGGCAACAAGGUGCGAAGGUCAACGUGCUGUAUGGAGUCCCUCUCGGCCCUUCUCACGUACCUCGACUUGCUAGUAUAGCUCGUCAGCUGGGAGAAGGCUCCGUGACUGUGAUGAUUGAUCAUCCUUCUCAAUUGCGGGCUGUGAAGAACUUCAAAGAGGAGGCAGGAUUUCCUGCCUAUUUGUUCAUCAAGAUUGACUCUGGCUACCAUAGAGCCGGAUUGCCCCCAACCUCAACGGACAUGAAGACCCUCGUUCAAGAAGUAAGCAAGGGCGAGCAGCAAGGCAAUCUGAAUUUCCUCGGGUUCUAUUCUCACAACAGCUUGUGUUACCAGGGGUCUUCUCCGGACGAUGCCAUGGACAUGCUGAAGCUGGAGAUUGACUCUUGCAGGGAGGCCUCGCAACACUUUGAAGUCAGGCGUGAAAACGCACUCGUGGUGUCUGUCGGGGCUUCUCCUUCCACAUUGGCAUUGCAAAACAUUGUCCCUUCCGCCCCUAGCUCCUCGUCAUCUGCUCAGCGGCUGGAAGAAUCUUUGGAGCUGACAAAAUCCAACCUGGAACUGGAGAUCCAUGCUGGUGUCUACCCCAUUUUCGAUAUUCAACAGGUGGCCACACACAGCCGCCACUUCACGUCGGAUCCUCAUGAUAGCAUUGCUGCGUCAGUGCUGGCGGAGGUUUGUUCUCUAUAUCCAACUCGCACAGAACAGCCCGAAGCCCUUGUCUCAGCGGGCGUUUUGGCCCUGACGCGGGAGCCAUGUAAGGACUAUGCGGGAUGGGGUGUGGUGAGCCCCUGGAACAUGCCGGAGGGCUACAAAAUCAAUCCCCAGGAACGAAUCAUUGUCAGCCGCAUCAGUCAAGAGCAUGGUAUUUUGGCCUAUGAACAAAACAACCCGGAAAAAGGUCAACUUCCGCUAGAAUAUGGACAAAGGCUCCGGAUUUGGCCGAAUCAUGCUUGCAUUACCCUAGCUAUGUUUGGCUGGUACUUCAUCGUGGAUUCCAGCACUGACUCCCCCGACAAGGUCAUGGAUAUCUGGGUUAGAUGGAGAGGAUGGUGAAGAGAUAUAGGGAAGCAGAUCCUAGUAGGCGGAACAACUACCCAGCAAACCGAAAACACUUUCCUAGCCUCUCUACCUACUACGUGCAUAUUGACCGGUGCCCAUGAAGCUAAAUGAUCUCGCCAAUGCUCAGAAUUGGUGGGCGUUGCAUCCAGCUCGCUAUCGUCCCUAGGUAGGUAUAGGUCAAACAACAGUUUCGGCCACCGAAACGAAAGCGAAGUUGACCCUGCCAUUGAUCGACCUUCUGUGAUCAGUCUUGGUUGUCAUGAGGUCUACGAGGCUCUGGUCUGCCAGUCACAAUCGCCAGGAGCCCUCCCUAGCCGUCUGGUCCACUGUUUCGCCCCGGUCAGUGCCGGUCCACCUGGAUUCUUUUUUGGAGCCCUUAGAGGGUGAGCGGAAAUACUAUCCAGCUGAUGUUGGGUGAUGAAGUUGAGCAAAAUUGCCAUUCAAGGCAACUGACUUGCCUAGCCGGGAUUGGAAGCGUCGAUAGAGGCCGCCGUCCUGUCGACUGUCCCAUGGAAACUAUGCACCUCAUGACGCGGAGGGGGCAUGUCCAUCCCUGAAAGAGCUGUCCCACCACGGAUCGAUCUGAGUUAUUAAACACCAACAUCGGACAGACGUUCCGGCCUAUGGUGCCAAAUAUCUACGGAUCCCCGUCAGCAAAUGGUUGGAACCAGCUUGUUGGACGGCCGUCAUAUCCGAUUAUGUAAUCAUUCCUGUGGAGUGCCGAGACGCGGGAAGAGACCCCCAGUCACCUAAGGUAGUCGGCUUGGAAGGGCUAGAACCGGGUGACCGCCAUAGUAGACGCCUCCCAUCACCACUUCCUCACGGAGAACCCUUUGCAGUGAAGCUGUGUGGCUAUCUUCACCGGCAAGCGGCAUCAAAAGACCUUCUAGAGUCCAGCGAUGAGGCCUUCUGGACCCAGAAUUCUACAAAGCGCACAAGAUUGGUUCAGUCAUGACAUCUGGUGUCUGGUAUCAUUAGACGUAAGGUCUGCUACGCGGAGUAUCAACUACGAUCAAUACGCAAAAGCAUCGCUCUGGUACUAGAAGCUCACUGGCGUAUACACUCAGUCGCUCAAGCAGUCAAUAACUGGUAUAGGACGAUGAUGAAUUUAUCAAGCGAUCCAGCAGCCUCAGGCUGGUAUGGGACUUAGGUAGGUAAGAAUGACCUCUUGGUACAAGGCAUCACUGUAUAUUUACACGUGAGUCACCUGGAUCCUCACCGCGGCCAACAACGCACAGAACACCAAGCAGAAAAGAAGAAAGAAAGAGCAAAAAAGAAUGGUUGGUUUUUGCCAGCGCUCAGAUUCGAACUGAGGUCUCUUCGGAUUUGUGCAGCUUGACUGCGCCCCUACUCGCUCCAAAAUCUUGUCUUCUAUACUUCCAAAUCUCCUUUCUUUUUCUAAAUCGCGACGGGGUUCCUGCCACAACGAAACGUGCUAACCACUGCACUACGCCGGCUGAAGAAGACGCGGAAGUCUUUAUUUGUUGGGAGGAAUUCCGCGAAUUGAAUAUAUAUGUGUUAAGACACUAGUUAGGUGAGUUACCGCAGUGACAAUUCUGGCCUGCGCGGUGAAGUGAAUACCCCUUAGCGUGAAGAGCCAGACGCGAAAGUGACAAAGAAAGUGAGGUGGAAGUGACAAACGAGCAAACAAUGCCAAAAAGGGGGCCAGGGCCACUCAGAAGGAACUCGGAACCAAAUAUCGCGAUAUGGAUGGGCCAUCAUGACGGGGAGGUACGCACACUCUCUCACAAAUAUGAACGGAUUACAAGUAGCUACAGUACCUAGCCAGCGCGGAUACCUACAUUUGGGAGGCCCAUGUUUGAACAGUUCAUGCCAUGGUUUGUUCUUGAAGAGGAUCGGAUUGAGGCGUGUAUCAAUUACCUAUGGCCGUGUACAGAUUGAAGUCAAUUAUCAGAUUCAGAUUAGACCAAGCAGGCUGAUUGCCAGCACCUUUUCUUGCCUGUCGGUGAGCUGUACAUGUAGACUGGCACUUCA